AUGACUACCGAAGGAGCGAUAUCCCGGGCUGUGGAUAGAGUAAGUGGCGAAGCUAAUCCUGCUAUGAAAGAAAAAGCUCUAAACACAGUUGCCAAGUUACCUACGUCUCAAACCUACGGAUUACCUAAUGCUAUAACUUUAAAAGUCACGGCUAAAUAUAUGAUGACAGAUGUAGUAACCGAUCCGCAGACGAUGGCAUGCGACAUUUAUUUAGCCGUAGAAAUUUGGAGUUGCCUUCAAGAUUUAUUCAAUAUGAAUAAUUUUGAAGAAAUAGUUCGAACAAAUGGCCCGAAACAGUAUUCUGCAAACCUCAGCUUUGAUGUAUCUGCAAUGAUAAGACAUAAUCUAGAAUAUUCCAACCCACUAUCUUACAGUGAAAUUUCCGGAACUGAGCACUGUGAAGCAGUAUCUUUUGAAGUAAACAAUGUGAAGAAUGCCUUGUACAGAUCAUGCUAG